GUUGAAGACUAUAAUUCAUUUGUAGUUUGUAGUUUAUAUCUUUCACCUCAAUUCUCUUCGUUCUAAGUCUAUUUCUUACGUUUUUCCUUCGAUUAUUACGAUAAACACGCUACAUGAAAGUUCUCACCGGAGAAAUCUACGUAACAAUUGGUAUCAGAGCCUGGUUGCUCAACGAUAGAAUCCGGGAAGAUGACGCUUAAGAAGUCAAUGCAAGCUUCAUAUGCAUCCGAACAACCUGUGAAGUACAGAUAUCUCCAAUGAAUGAACACGUAUAAUAGUUGUAGUGCAGUGGUAAAACUCCAAGCUUGUUAAUGGGAGGUUGCAUGUUUGAACCUUGUCUUCUGCAUCCCUACCUUUUUUUCACCUUUUUAAUUUAAUUAAUUUUAACAGCUCUCAUGCUCCACAAAAGCGAGAACAAAGCCCUAAAUGGCUAAAUCCCAAUUCAUUUUUGGGAAACAGAGUUCUUCCUCGCGCGCAGGGCUUUCCCCCAAAAUUCUCCCGCCUCGUCAUCCCUCUUCAUCUCCGUUCACUCGUCGGGACUCCAGACCCGACUUCUUCGGCCAACCGGAGAUCAUAGUCACCCGUUCCGUCGCCGUUGUUGUUGCCGUCGGGCCUCAAGACUCAGCUUCUUCGCCCGAUCACCAUCUCAUCUCCGUCCGUUCUCUACUCGCUAUCACAGAGUCGUCGACGGAUGUCACCUCCGUCCAUGCUUCUUUGCCCCUAAAGGUCGUCCAUUGAGAGUACGUUUACUGCUCCCUCUAGUUUAUGCAGCUCCAAUUCUGAUUUUCGGUGGUUUGUGGAAUUGAUAGGUUUUUUAUGUGUAAUUGGGUUUUCAGUUUGGUAAUUGAGUAUUGGAUUGACCAUUGAUUAAUUUAGUGGAUGCUGAACUGAAAUUGGAGAAUGAAUAUAAAGCCUUCGAUGAUGCUAAUGCUAUUUGCAGUCUUGCAUAAAAGUAUUAUCCUUUGGAUUUUUCUGAAAAAGAAAUAGAUAGAUUGGCAUUCCAGUUGAGGAUUUUUCAUGCUCUUGCACAUCCUACUUUGGCGAAUCUAUCAUCUGUUGCUGAACUGUGUCGUGGUUUAGCCGAGUCCGGGAAGUCAAAGGACAUCGAUCUUGUUGAUCGCCUGAUUCGUCUUGUUUUGACUCUUCCAGUCUCUACUGCUAGUGGGGAACGAGCUUUUUCUGCCAUGAAGUUAGUGAAGACCAAACUGCGCAACAAAAUGGGUGAUGAUUUUCUAGCUGUUGGUCUUAUUAUUUAUAUUGAACGUGAUAUAGUGGACACUUUUAGUUUAGAUGAUAUUUGGAGUGAUUUUAUUGAUCUCAAAGAGCGACGUGUACGUUUAAGAUAAUAAAUAAAUAAUAUUAAUAUAUUUUAUAUUAUUACUAUUAUUUUAUUGGUAUGUUUGGAAAUUUUGUUUUUGGCCCCCCGUAUUUAGAAUCCUGGCUUCGCCCCUGGCCUAGCUUGACAUAACUAAUUCCAGUACCAGACAGAUCAGUGAACCGACAUUUGUUGUAUGUCAUGUGGUUACUGCAACCAGAGUCAAGAAACCAGCAACCCUCAUAAUAGGUUACUUGCUGCAUUUCCUCAGUCACAACCAUCAGUAAUACAUCUUCUUUCAUGUCCAAUGGAUCAGAGAAAUGAGCUUGCUAGUUGUACCAGUUUGACAUUCACUUCUAAAUUGCCCCAGUUUGUGGCACUUGAAACAUUCCACAAAAUCUCUAUUCAAAUCCCCUUCCAUUCCUGCCUCUUCCACGACUAGGAUAAAAUCUAGAUUCUUCA